UGACGUAUCUUUCUGCAUUUGUGGGGAUACCACCAAAGUGGAUUGUUGACGCGAAUUAGUUCAGCGAAGAUUUUACCUUGAAUUUACAUUUAAUAUUAAGAGUAUUGUUCGAAACUAGUGCCUUUUAAAAUAAAAACAAACUAUGCUGGGUCAAAGGAGCUUGAUGUUGGGGAGAUCCGUUAUUACUAGUCAAAUCCAAUCUUCUGCCAAACGAUUGUUAUGUUCUGCUACUGAGCAAACACCGUCAAAAAUCAACAAAUUCAAAGAGAUAGCUGUGACGAUACCUAAGCCUUUCGUGUACCAAGUCGAGUUAAACAAGCCCCAAAAAUAUAAUGCAAUUAGCAUGCAGAUGUGGAUUGAAAUUAAGGACUGUUUUGAACAGCUAAGCGACGAUCCUGAUUGUCGUGUAAUUAUUCUCUCAGGUGCCGGAAAACACUUCACAGCUGGAAUUGAUUUGAAUAGUAUGAUGAAACUUGGUCAAGAAUUGAGCCAAAUUGAAGAUGUUGGCCGGAAAGCAGUCCAUCUUAACAAACGUAUAAAACUCUAUCAGGAUGGGUUUUCGGCUCUUGAAGUCUGCAGGAAGCCAGUGAUUGCUGCUGUACAUUCAGCAUGCAUUGGUGCCGGCAUCGAUAUUAUAACUGCAGCCGAUAUACGUUACUGCUCUGAGGACGCAUGGUUCCAGGUAAAGGAAGUAGAAAUCGGAAUGGCCGCAGACGUUGGUACACUCCAACGUUUGCCAAAAGCUAUUGGCAGUCAGAGUUUGGCCCGUGAACUCUGUCUAACUGGUCGUAAAUUCUUAAGCAAGGAAGCUCAUGCAAGCGGUCUUGUGAGCAAGGUGUUCGCAGAUAAAGAUACAUUGAUAAAUGGUGCGAUUGAAUUGGCUGAAACCAUUGCCUCAAUGAGCCCCAUCGCUGUACAAGCAACCAAGAAAAACAUGGUUUACUCCUUAGAUCAUACAAAUCAAGAAGGCCUAGACCAAAUUCGGGAGAUGAACCAGGCAUUUUUGCAAAGUGAAGAUUUUGCAAAUGCUGUGAUGGCACAAAUUUCUAAGGAUGAGAAACCUGUUUUUUCGAAAUUGUAAUCGUCUGAUUAAAUUUUAAGAAUGCGAUAUAUAUAAAUUGUUCAUAUUUUAAUACAUUUUGCUUCUAAAGUAA